AUGGCUGAUGCGGGAUUUUUCAAGGGCACGUCAGCGGACCAGGACAGCCGCUUUUCCGACAAGGAAAUGAAGCUUUUAAAGACCCUUAAAUUUCCACCUGAGUUUAGCGAAAAGGUGGACAUGCGCAAGGUUAACUUACAAGUGAUGCGUCCAUGGAUUGCAAAUAAAGUGACCGAGCUAGUCGGACUCGAAGAUGAAGUUGUCGUUGAGUAUGCUAUGGGACUUCUUGAAGAUCCAUCCAAGCCUUUGCCUGAUCCGAGGAAAAUGCAAAUAAACCUGACUGGUUUCCUGACUUCCAAAACACCAGAGUUCAUGAUUGCCCUAUGGAAACUUCUGCUUGAAGCUCAGUCUUCUCCUGGAGGUAUUCCGAAAACAUUCGUCGAGGAAAAGAAAGAAGAGAUGCGCCUUGCUCGUGAAAAGGAUACACGUGCUUUAAACGAAGUAGAUCGCAGGGCACGCCUAGACGAAAUAAGGGACCGGGAAAGGGCCGAACGAAGUGGUGGCAGAGGACGUGGAAGGGGCCGCGGUGGAAGAGGGAGAGGUGGUGGUUAUGACGAAGGCAGAUCGGGCAGAGGCCGCGACAGUGGCUGGGGGACCCGUGGAGGGCGCCCUCGUUAUCGUUCUGGCUCGAGAUCUCGUUCUCCGGGCCGCCGCCGUUCAUCUACACCUGUGUCUCGACGACCAGGUCGCUCUCCUACACCAGCAUCCCGUGGCAGAUCACCGUCUCGCACCCCGCCGUUUAGAGGUGCUCGGAAAGAUUCGCGUUCUCGAUCUUAUUCCCCUCCGAGAAGACGAGUAUCAAGAUCACCAUCCUAUAGCCCUCCACCGCGCAGGCGCCGCCCUCGUUCACCAUCUUACUCUCCACCUCCCCGUCGCCGUCUCACUCCACGCAGGGGUUCGCCAUUGCGGCGUGACUUAAGGGAUAGCCGUAGCCCGCCUCGUCGCCGUGCUCGCGAUAGUCGUUCUCCACCGAGACGAGUCGCAAGAGAUAGCCGCAGUCCUCCUCCCCGUCGCAGACGGUUGUCACCCUCUGAUCGGUCACGCUCUAGUGGGCGUAACUUUGACAGAUCUCCGCCUACAAAUCUUAGGCGUGAUAGACGUCGAGGUGGACGUAGCCCUUCAGGCUACGGUAGAAGCCGCUCGCGUAGUCCACCUAUGAGAAGACGUGGUGGGAGUCGCACGCAUUCACGUUCAAAAACUCCGCGGCGAGCAGUUGAACCUCGCAAUGGUGAAAGGAAACGGCAUAGGUCUGCCAACAGUGGAGGAUCGAGCAUUGAGCGACGCCGUCGUUCACGAAGCUCGUCACCAGACAGAAGAAGAGACAUGGACGUUGACGAACCCCCACAAGGCGAACUGAAAAUCAAGGGGCAGGCCGAGAUAGAAAAGAAUAAGGUUAUGGAUGAUAAAAUUGAUUUGAAGAGGCGAGAGAAUGAGCUUAAGGAAAAGGCUCUACGGAAUAAGGUUGUCAGGUCGAGAAAAGCGAGCGUGCCGGGACAGUGA